CGAAUUCCGUACCUUACCAAGAGCAUGACCACAUUCAGACUUCAGACUGACCAAAGUAUCCUCUUACUUGAGUGCGACAGAGCAGAGUCGAGUCGAGUUUUGAUAGCAUUUUCUAGCCAUAGGAGAUAAAGAUAAGAGAGAUGCUUCUUUGAGUAAGAGACAGAAGCGGCUAGAGUCUACAGAGAGAGAGAGAGAUGGGAUUAGAGAAACCGAGGCAAGGAAUUUCUAUGUUAAUUUCAGCUUCCGUCUUUGUCUGCAUCUCCCUCCUCUUAUGCACGGUGGAUGCCCAGCUCUCAAUUCCCGCCAAGUAUGACGGGUUUGUCUACAAAGACCGCAGAGUUCACGACGACACCAUCGUGAUUGAGGCUUUUCUCGACCCGGUAUGCCCAGACAGCAGGGACUCUUGGCCUCCUCUGAAACAGGCACUCGAGUACUAUGGCCCUCGCCUUUGGCUCCUUGUUCAUCCCUUCCCGUUGCCUUACCAUGACAACGCUUUCUCUACCAGCCGUGCACUACAUAUUGUGAAUAAACUAAAUGCAUCUGUCACAUACCAAGUACUGGAAAUGUUCUUCAAGCAUCAGGAGAUAUUUUACAAUAGGGAAACCUAUAACAAGUCCAAACAAUCUGUUGAUCAUCUCAUUGGGAAGUUUGUGGCAGAAGUACUUGGAAAAGACUUGUUAUCAGAAAUUGAAUCUGGGUUUAGUGACAGGAAAACUGAUCUAGCAACCAGGGUUUCCUUCAAGUAUGGGUGUUCAAGAGGGGUGACAGGGACACCUUUUUUCUUCGUUAAUGGGUUCCCAUUGCCUGAUCCUGGUUCAGCUAUCGAUUAUAAAGGAUGGAAGAACAUCAUUGAUCCACUUAUUGGUGCACAGAGUCAAGGAAGAUAGGAUAUUCAUUACUUCCUCUGAGCCUUGACCUGAGAGACCUUACACAUCUCAUGCUGUCUACGUUUUAGGUGUUUCAUGUGGAACAAAGGUGGCAACUUUUAAUUAGAUCAUUGUUAAUAGUUGAUGGGCAUAUUAUCUGCAUACCGUUGAUGACUACUUAACUAGGAUUGUUAGGACCUUAAUAUGUGGCAUCUAAAUCAAAUGCAGCCUUUGAAUUGGUUAUUCAAGCUGUGAUCCAGUAUGUACAAAAUGAAGUUGAUUUGAUAUUUGCACUCUUGUUAUUGAUAGCUUUUAGUAGUUCAGUUCAAGUCAUAGUUCUUGAUAGCUUGAUCCUUAACGGCUAAACAUAAGCUAUCAGACUUGUGUAAUAUGGGAUUGUUGAUCUUAAACCUAUAUUUCAGUACCUUGGUUGUUAUGGAAAUAAAUUUAUUUCA